CUUCUUUUUCCCCAGGCCUCCAUCGUCCUCCUCUCUCUCUCUUCCCUCCUCCCUCUUCAUUUGUCAUUGUCAUUUCUCUCCGCCACCACUCACUCAGCCAUUGCUGCCCUCCUUUCUUCCUUCUCCUCUUCUUUCGCUCUUCCUUCCUUCCUCCGCCAUUGCUUUGUGUCUCUGUCCCUCUCUCGAACAUACACACACACACACUCUCUCUUCAAUGUUGACGCUGCAGCGAUUUCUGUUUGAACCAAUUCACAAGCCUUUCCUACUCAAUCCUCCUUCUUCUAAAAUGCCGUCGUUUCAGCAACACCGUGUUUGGAGGACCAGCAUCAUAAAGGGUGCAAUAGCAGAGUUAGAAGGAGACCUAGAGCUUCCACCAAACGUGGUUCGGAGAAAGAGGGACCCAAAUUGGAGAGGUGGCUUCAGCCUCGGAAUUGAUUUGGGCAUGGCCCGCACUGGCCUCGCCCUCACUAAAGGCUUCAACAUUCGCCCUUUAACCGUUUUGGAACUGCGAGGACAGAAGCUUGAGCUCAAGAUAAUUAACAUAGCUGAACAACAGGAGGCUGAUGAGUUUAUAAUUGGACUUCCGAGAUCUUCUGAUGGGAAGGAGACGCCGCAAUCCAACAUUGUUCGUAGUGUGGCAGGAAGACUCGCCGUUCGAGCUGCCGAGAGGGGUUGGAGAGUAUACCUACAGGAUGAACAUGGAACAACAACAGAGGCAGUAAAUCGGAUGAUCACUAUGGGUCUAAGUAAGUCCUCUCAGCAGAGGAAGCUUGAUGCCUAUGCUGCCAUGAUGGUAUUGGAAAGAUACUUAUCCACAUCAGGUCAGGGUACCGAACUUGUUUUGCCCAAGAACCUUGAACUACAAGAAAAACUUCGAAGGGGUCCUCCCAAAGAUGCCGAUUUUUUCUCGGAUGAAGAUUAAUAUAAGUACAUGCUUUUUGGCUAUUAGCUUCUAUAGAGAAUCCUAGAGAUUUUAAGUGGUCAAACACCCAUGAGGAAUCUUAUUUGAGCUGUUCUUUUCAGAUUGCAAGCUAGCUUGAGGAUGUUGUGGGGAAAAUAUUCCAACAAUUAGUAUCAUGACGAUGGAUUAAAUUAUCCUCGUACGAGUAAUAUUGUUUCUUUAA